CGUGAUACCAUAGCAGGUUCAAGUUGAAUGGAAUUUUCUUACACAUAUUAUUAAUUUCAAGCAAAAAAUUCUCAUAAAUUCUUGCUGCAACCAUCAGUGUCAGUGUUCCGUAUCCGUCAUACAUGCUUGCCGGCAGUACUGGAUAUAUAGGCAUUCAUUGAAAAUUCGUAAAAAAAAUAUAUUUACGGAAUUUGCCUGCAAAAUGUGUCUCAUUGAUCUUUUCCUGGGCUGUGGACGACAGAAUUCAGAUGAAAGCUUACAAAUUUACAGACCUGCAAAGAAUACCUGUUCGAGUAACCCUCUGCAUGAUGCUGAAGGACUGCAACGGAAAAAUGAGCCACGCUUGCGUCGUAUGAGGCAUGGAGCCUCCAGCAACUCCGCACCACGCAACGACGACGCCAUGUCUACCAGAUUCUACUUCGAGAUCAAUCAUGAGUACGAUGUUUCUUACGAAGAGCCAGCAACCAAUAACGUUUCCACCAAAGCGGACCUCAGAGUAAACGAUGAACUGAAAAAUCAAUGGGACACCACAAUACAAGACCCCAACCUGAUCGGUGCAACAACUCAACCGGAAGCAAACGCUUCGGCUGUAACCUUGUGCUCUGUUGAAAACUUACGAACUCCUGAAACAGUGACGUCUACUGGAACUGCUCGGUCACUUGAAACAACAAUGCUAAUAGAAACUGCAAUAAUGAAUCGACAUUGCCUACUAGAAUUACAACUGUCGCCGAAAUUAGAACCUUCAGUGGCAGCUGAAGCGCCAGGGUUCACUGACACUGAAGCGUGUGCUGUAACUACCGCGAGAACUACAGACACAGAGUCGACCUUAGUCAAAUUUUCCGCUGAAAAACAAUCGUCUACUGAACCAUUGUUCGAUGAAACUGCACCGUUUUCUGAAACGCUAUUGUUCGCUAAAACUGCAACGCCUACUGGAGCGCCAUUGUUUGCUGAAACUGUAGCGUAUGCUGAAAUGCCAUUGUUCGCUGAAACUGCAGAGUUUGCUGAAACGACAUUGUUCGCUAAAACUGCAACGCCUACUGAAGCGCCAUUGUUUGCUGAAACUGUAGCGUAUGCUGAAAUGCCAUUGUUCGCUGAAACUGCAGAGUUUUCUGAAACGCCAUUGUUCGCUAAAACUGCAACGUCUACUGGAGCGCCCUUGUUUGCUGAAACUAUAGCGUAUGCUGAAACGCCAUUGUUCGCUAAAACUGCAACGUCUACUGAAGCGCCAUUGUUUGCUGAAACUGAAGCGUAUGCUGAAACGCCAUUGUUCGCUGAAAUUGCAGCGUCUGCUAAAGCGCCAUUGUUCGCUGAAACUGCAGCUGCUGAAGCGCCAUUGUCAAUUGAAACUGGCGGCUCUGCUGAAGCGCCAUUGUUCGCUGAAACUGCAGCGUAUGCUGAAACGCCAUUCUUCGCUGAAACUUCAGCGCCUGCUGAAGCGCCAUUGUCAGCUGAAACUGCCGCGUCUGCUGAAACGCCAUUGUUCGCUGAAACUGCAGCUGCUGAAGCGCGAUUGCCUGCUGAAGCUGCAGCGCCUUCUGAAGAGUGGUUGUCCGCAUUGUUAAAAAGCUAACUGCCAUGAUUUCCUCAAGACUCAACCAACAUCUUCCGUUUUUGGCACACAAGUUCUCGAUACUUUUGCGCUACUAAAUCAUGAGUAUGUAAUAUAAGAAUGUAAUAUCUAUUUAUUCAUUGAAAUGUGACGUAUUGAAAAUGGUUUGAUUAUAAGUUUUUUAUAUU